ACAGUGGGUCCAGUGGGUCCUCAAACCCAUUCUGUGGUUAUUUCCCCAGGUCCAGAAUGCAUAAUUGGAAUAGACAUAGCAACUGGCAGAAUCCUCACAUUGGUCCCCUGAUUCAUGGAGUGAGGACUGUUAUGGUGGGAAAGGCCAAGUGGAAGCUGCCAGAAUUUCCCCUGCUUAGCAAAAUAGUAAACCAGAAGCAAUAGCAGAUUCCUGGAGGGAUUGCAGAGAUUAAUGCCAAUUUUAAGGACUUGAAGCAUGCAGGGGUGGUGAUCCCCACCACACCCCCAUUCAGCUCUCCUAUUUGGCCUAUGCAGAAAACAGAUGGGUCCUGGAGGAGGACAGUGGAUUAUCUUAAGCUUAAUCAGCUUUGCUCACCCACUGAUUUUCUGUUUGUGAGUGAAAACCCAGAGUAAGACAGUUGUCAGCUGAACUACUGACAAUGCAACUACUGGAAUCAGUAGCCUUCAAAGAUGUAGCUAUAGACUUCCACCAGGAGGAGUGGGCUCUUUUGGACAUGUCCCAGAGAAAACUGUUCAGAGAUGUGAUGCUGGAGAUUAUCAGUCAUCUGGUCUCAGUGGAAUAUCAGGUCUUCAAAUCAGGUGUGCUUUCCCAAUUAGAGCAAAAAGAGGAACUGUGGAGAGAAGGAAUGGGAUGUCUACAAAAUCUGGGUUCAGGCAGUGAAAGUGGCCUUCAAAAACAGGAGAUGAUAUCCAUACAACAUGUCUACAGGAAAGAUGCAACUACCAUCGUGUCAUUGAUGCAGAGAUCUCACGUCAUUCAAAAGAAGCCUUUUAACUGUAAUGAUUUGCAAGAUUUCACUCACAGAUCCACAGUUACUCAACAUGUGUUAAGUCACCAGGAAAAGAAAUGCUAUUUCAGCAAACCAUUUGGAAAAGCCCUCGGUGACCAGUUAUCUUUUACUCAAUAUAAGCAAGUUCAUACUAGAUAUAAAUCAUAUAAAUAUCAUCUAAGUGAUAAAACCUUUAAUCAAAAUUCUAGUCUUAAAGAGUAUCAUGGAACUGACAUUUGGAAGAAAUCUUAUGAAUGUCAUCUAUGUGAGAAAGCCUUCACUCGUUGUUCUACACUUAAACGACAUGAGAAAAUUCACAAUGGAGAAAAACCAUAUAAAUGCCAUCAGUGUGGGAAGGCCUUCAGUAGAUCUUUUCACCUUAAACACCAUGAGAGAAUUCACACUGGAGAAAAACCCUAUGAAUGUCAUCUGUGUGGGAAAGCCUACACUAACUGUUCUGCCCUUAAACAACAUGAGAGAACUCACACUGGAGACAAACCAUAUCAAUGUCAUCUAUGUGGGAAAGGCUUCAGUGCACCUUAUCAUCUUAGAGAACAUGAAAGAAUACACACUGGAGAGAAACCAUAUGAAUGUCAUCUAUGUGGCAAAGCCUUCACUCAUUGUUCUGCCUUUAGGCGACAUGAGAGAAUUCAUACUGGAGAGAAACCAAAUCAAUGUCAUCUUUGUGGAAAAGCCUUCACUCAUUGUUCUGGCCUUAGACGACAUGAAAAGAUUCAUACUAGAGAGAAACCAUAUGAAUGCCACCAGUGUGGGAAAGCCUUCAGUACAUGUUUUAACCUUAAAGAACAUGAGAGAAUUCACACAGGAGAGAAACCACAUCAGUGUCACUUAUGUGGGAAAGCUUUCACACAGUAUUCUGCCCUUAGGCAUCAUGAGCGAAUACACACUGGAGAGAAACCAUAUGAAUGUCAUCGAUGUGGGAAAGCUUUCACUCAUUGUUCUAGCCUUGUACAUCAUGAGAGAAUUCAUUGGAGAAAAACCCUAUGAAUGUCAUCAGUGUGGGAAAGAUUUCACUCAUACUGACCUUAGAUGACACAAGAGGACUCAGACUGCAUAGAAACUGAAUGCUACUGAUGACGGAAAGCCUUCACUCGAUGUUAUCUUAGACAAAAUGAGAGAACUUACUUUGGAGAGAAGCUGAAAGAAUAUCAUCAAAAUGAGGAAGCCUUCACUCAUUGUUCUCCCCUCAGGUGACAUGGGAGAACUCACAAUGAAGAGAAACCAUACAAAUGCCAUCUAUGUGGGAAAGCCUUCAUACAUGUUUUUAUCUUAACAUGAAAGAAUUCACCCUUUGCUCAUUGUUUUGGCUUUAGAGAACAUAGGAGACCUCACACUGGAAAGAAACCUGUGAAAGUCAUCAGUAUAGGAAAACCUUCCAUUAUUUCUCUAAUCCUGGGCAACAUGAAUGAAUUCACUUUGAAGAAAAACCAUUACAGCAUCAUCCAUGUGGGAAAACCAGAAUUUUUGUAACCAUAGACAACAUGGGAGUAAACCCUUUAGUACCAUAUAUGGGAGAAAGCCUUUAGGGAAAGAUGUGAUCUUGGAUGAUAUGAUAAAACUAACACUAUUAUUGCUUUGAAUAUGGAAGAAAUUUAAACCAUGGAGUUAACCUUUAACAUGCCAGAAAGCUCACAUACUUACUGAAGAAACACUAAUCAAUAUGGAAAAGCUUUUGUCAUCGUUACUACUUCAGUUGGUCUAAGGUCAUUCAUAGCAAAAAGAAUGUAUCUAGCAAAGCCUUCAUUUGAUGGACUGAUGAUAUAUAACAUGAGUGAACUCAAAAUAUGUUUGUAAUGAAAGUGUAAUAGUCCUCAUCCACUAUUCUCAUAAACAAAGCAAUCACAUGUGAGAAGUUGUACUCAAUGUGGAAUUGACUCAAUACAAUUUAUCCUUUAAAUAAAGUAAGUUUAUACCACUGGUGAGAUACACUAGGUCCAUAAUCAUUGCACUACCAUUCAACCAAGCACUGACUUUGGUGUGCAAAAGAAAAUUCAGUGUGGGAAUAGCUAUGUAAACAGAAGAUGAGAGAGAUAAGUCUUUAAUAGUGAGACAGAACUCUGUGGGUGAUUGCCAGAUAAUUCAUACAGGAGAAGUUAUUAAGUGAAAAUCAUGAGAAAUCAUGUUAUCCAUGCAGCAGCCCUUGUUGGCAUGUGAGGAUUUAUCUCAGUGUCAUGAAUGAAUGAAAGUCUUCAAUGAUCACUCAUUCCUUGGCAUUAGUAUUCUUCCACAGAAGAAAGAACAGUCCUUUAAUCAAAAUUGGAAAACCUUCAGCUCACAUCAUAAAGCUAGUGUUUUCUAAAACACUGAAAGGACCCUUGAACACACAUUUCAGCAAAGAAUCCAGAAUUUUGAACAAGAAGUAUUGGAAACAUGUAGGAUGAUGAUUAUGUAGUGGCCUGGGAAUAUGUAUGAAGAAUUUUUAAGAAGCAAUAUUAAAUGAGAUUAAACUCAAAAGAUUAGUACUUACAAAUAAAGUUGCUGAAAUUGUUCAAGUCCAGUAUACGGAUCCAUCAAAAAAUAAUUGACAAUAAAUUGUAACAUUUAGAGCACAAAGAUAUGUAUCUUAACUAUUAUUUUAGUCUUAUAGGUGCCUGGUAAGAAUGAAAACAAACAUGGAAAAGUAAACACUUAAGAAAUGUAGUCUGAUGGUACAUAAAUUCUCCUCUUUUAAAAUGCCACUUAAAAUUGCUAUCAAAAUUUAGGAAGGCCUUCUCUCACCAGGCAUCCUU